CCUGCAGACCAAGCGCAAAGUAGAAACUGAAAGUACACUGUCGGCUGAUCCUACGGAAGUUAUGGGAAAGGCAAAGCGCAGAGCCGGACCGUGGUGUGUGACGCCCCCCCUGGGAUGGAUGAAACAGCAGGCGCGGCGUGGGUAGGAGGAACCAGCUGCAGAGACUGCCCUAGCCGGCACGGACUCCCGGCAACUCCGCGGAAGACCAGGGUCCUGGGAGUGACUAUGGGCGGUGAGAGCUUGCUCCUGCUGCAGUUGCGGUCAUCAUGACCACGCCCGCCUCCCGCAGACCAUGUUCCAUGUUUCUUUUAGGUAUAUCUUUGGAAUUCCUCCCCUGAUCCUUGUUCUGUUGCCAGUAGCAUCAUCUGAUUGUGAUAUUGAAGGUAAAGACGGCGGAGCCUAUCAGAAUGUUCUAAUGGUCAACAUCAAUGAUUUGGACAGCAUGAUAGACUUUGAUAGCAAUUGCCUGAAUAACGAACCUAACUUUUUUAAAAAACAUUCAUGUGAUGAUAAUAAGGAAGCUUCGUUUUUAUAUCGUGCUGCUCGAAAGUUGAAGCAAUUCCUUAAAAUGAAUAUCAGUGACGAUUUCAAUCUUCACCUAUCAACAGUUUCACAGGGCACAUUAACACUGUUGAACUGCACCAACAAGGAAGAGAAUAAGUCUUUAAAGGAACAGAAAAAACAGAAUGACCUGUGUUUCCUAAAGAUACUACUACAAAAGAUAAAAACUUGUUGGAAUAAAAUUUUGAGGGGUGCUAAAGAACAUUGAAAAAUACGGAGUGGCAAUAUAAAAACUUAAGAGCUUUAUUUGUAUCCUCCAAGAAUCUAUCUGCUUAUGCAAUUUUCCAGGGUAAAAUGCCUUCUGGAAGUUACUGAAUGCAUCCUGGUAAAAACGGAUUAUGGCAAUUGAGAAAUCCUUACUGUAGUGCUAGAAGAUGGACAUAAACAGUGGAAACCACUGCAACCAACAGUGGAAACGCUGCAAUCAACAAACUAUUUCACAUGCAUGAGGACAUAUAUCAAUCGGUAUUAAUUCUGAACUGAUUUUUGUAAGAUAAUCUAUGUAAGAUAUUAGUUGCAAUAAUACUUUUUAAACCUGUUUAAAAUUUUCAGAAGACAUAUAAAUUCUGUGAAAUGUAUAAAGUUUACAAGGAUUAAAAAUUAACAUUUCAUUAUUACCAAUUGUAUGGCCUACUAUGCAUCAGCAUACUGCAAUGAGAGUGGAAAUUGUCAUCUGUGCUGGAAAUGUUUCAGAGUUACAGUGAGAUAUGCAUAAGGCCCAUGAGAACAAGAGUCAUACAGCUUAAAGAAGCAGUAGCAUAAAGGAAUCCAAGAUAAUUGAGAGAUGUAAUUAAACAUGAAUGUAUAACACAGUGCCUUUAAUAAAUGAUAUAACAGAUGUUUUAAAAUGAAGAUAAAGAAUAAUUUCACAAAAUAGAAAGUCAUCUGUUCUAAGAAUGCUAAACCAUAGUACUAAGUUACUUUUGUCAUUUAUGUGUAAUAAAAUUUGUCUAAAUGAGUUUGCAAUUUGGGAACUAUAUUUUUAAGAGAAUAAUAUAUGUUGGCCUUUUAAUUAAUGGAAUGUACAUAUUUAAUUUUGACACUCUAUUUGUAUAUAAAAAUAUUUUCAUACAGUAUUACAAUUGCUUACUUUGGAUAACAUUUCUCCUUUGAUAAUAAAUGACCUAUGUAUUAACACUGUCAGAUUCACUUAAUGAAUCCCAAUAGGAGUUUUGUUUGUUUGUUUUUUGGCUGUACCAUGCGGCUUGCAGGAUCUUAGGUCCCCAAGUAGGGAUCGAACCUGGGCCCCCUGCAGUGGAAGUGCAGAGUCCUAACCACUGGUCCGCCCAGGAAUUCCCCCAACAGAAUUUUUUAAGAUCAAGAUUUUUAAUACUGCACCACUAUUUGAUUUCUCACUUUCACUGAAAUAUAACCUUUAUUCUCUUAUUAUUGAGAAUGUACAUGAGACCUGGACCGCCAAACUAUACAAGAACAGGAACACUGCUUUACCUCCCAUGUUAAAUUUUGGUCUUUUUAAAGAAACUUUUGUAUAUACCAGAUGCAGCUUAGAAAGGUUUGCCAACAGUCUUCACUUACUUAUAAAGGGAACUGAAAACACUAUUCUAGGCAAGCCAAGAGUUCUAAAACAGCCACCACGGCCUCAUCACCACCUGGUUAAGAGCUGACUGGCUUUAUUUGAUCUACUGACGAUGCUCAGGUGCCAUCCUCAAUGUGUGGAGGUAAGACCUUCCUCUCAGUUCGUGUCUGUCUCUCUGCAUCUCUUUCUCACUCUCCCCAACCUAUAUGGAGUUUCUUCCUCACUGGUGCAAGUAGCUGUAUAGAAUUGUACAGACUGUUGUAUAGAAUUCACUGAUUACCCCAUUAAUGAGGUGUUGACUCAGCUAUGUUUUCUAUUUGGUUUUCAUUAUUAACUCCAGAAAAGGGAGUUUACUAACACUUUGUAGGAGCAAAUGAUUCUUCAGCAAGCUUUUUCUUCAGAUGGACUUUUCAAAGUAGGCUAUUCUUCCUUACACCACUAAACAGGUCAACUAUGUGGUACAUUUCCACCCUGAUGAACUGGUGCUAUUGGUAAACCAUCAGCUAUGAAAUGGUAAAAUUUUAAAUUUCUAAAGGGAAACUUAAAACUGUUCUUUAAGAUGUUUCCUUGAAGGCUGUUUAUAACGUUCCCAACAGUGUUGAAAAAAUUCUGUGAUUGUGGCAAAAUAAGGAACAAUAUUUUAAAGUGCUUUAUUACAAAUUAUUAAAAUUUU